AUAAGGCCUUGGCUUCUGGUAAUAGGAAAUAUGUGUAUUUAGCAAGACAGAUCACUUUGAAAAGAGACUAUGUUGUUAGAGUUGCUGAUGAGGAUGGUUGGGAGGUUGUUUCAAAAAUAACAAUUAUAGAUGGGUCUAAUACAAUGUCUGAGUUGUUAGAAAGUAAAUGGGAAAGUGCUAGAUUGGCUAUGCAAU